GUGACUGAAGUCUUAGUCAGUAAAUCAACUUCUAUGCCCCAUAUUGCAACAAUUAAACAGGAUCGGACGAAAUGAGUAGUGAUGCAAAGCCGAAGAAGAGCCUUGUGCUCAAUGCUUUCGUGAUGAUGUGUAGUGGUCAUCAAAGCCCUGGUUUAUGGAGACACCCCGACGAUGAAUCAUGGCGAUUUAACGAAGUAUCACACUGGGUCGAGCUUGCAAAGUUAUUAGAAGAGGCCAAAUUUCACGGCAUUUUCAUUGCUGACGUCCUUGGGGGGUAUGAUGUGUAUAGCAAUUCUUUAGAUCCGGCCAAGAUCUCAGGGGCUCAAUGGCCAGUCAACGAGCCGUUUUCUGUCAUUGCUGCUAUGGCCGCUGCAACAAAGAGCAUCGGGUUCGGUGUUACGGCUUCAACGACAUACGAGCAACCGUAUCACUUUGCAAGACGAUUAUCUACGGUUGAUCAUCUGAGUAAAGGCCGAUUGGGUUGGAAUAUUGUGACGAGUUACCUUGACUCCGCCGCCAAGAACUUGGGCUUCACCGAGCAACCCAAACAUGAUGAUCGCUAUGCACAAGCAGAGGAGUACGUCAAAGUCAUAUACAAGCUCCUCGAGUCAUCGUGGCGGGAUGACGCGGUGAAACUAGAUCGCGAGAAGGGUGUAUACACCCAACCAGACUUGGUGAGACCGAUCAACCACCGGGGCAAGUACUUCACAGUUCCUGGGCCGCAUAUCUGCCAGCCCAGCCCGCAACGAACCCCGUUGAUCCUCCAAGCGGGAACUUCCCGCGCCGGGAAGCAAUUCGCGGCCCAGAAUGCCGAGGCGAUCUUCGUAUCAGCCCAUGCCCCGGAAGUGUGCGCCAAAAGCAUCGCAGAAGUUCGCGAGCUGGCGAAGACUCAGUAUGGCCGGGACCCAACAAACAUCAAAGUCCUAGCACUCGUGACGGCGAUCCUGGGACGUACCGAAGAGGAGGCCCAGGCCAAACUGGCCGACUACCGAAAAUAUGCCUCACAUGAGGGAGCCCUGGCCCUCUUCGGUGGCUGGACUGGUAUUGACCUGAGUAAAUAUGGGGAAGAGGAAGAGCUGAGACAGGUCGACAGCAAUGCUGUGCGAUCUACUGUCGAGGGCUAUGCUCGAUUUGCGCCGGGGACUUCGAAGUGGACAAGGCAGACUGUUGCGGAGCACGUCGCCAUCGGUGGAAAUGGGCCAAUAUUCGUGGGGACACCCUCGCAGGUGGCUGAUGGACUCGAAGUCUGGGUCAACGAGGCAGAUGUUGAUGGGUUCAACUUUGCAUACGCAUUGUUCCCUCAGUCGUUCAAAGACAUCAGCGAGCUCCUUCUUCCUGAGCUUCGUCGCCGAGGGCUGUUCUGGGACGACUACGCCGUACCUGGAGGGACUUACAGGGAGAACUUCUAUCAGAAACCAGGGCAGACAGGGCCGCUUGACGAGCAUAUUGUUUCGUCGUAUAGGUGGAAGGCGGGCGUACCCCCAGGACAACAUAUCAUCCCGGAAUAAGAAGACCCCUGAAAAUACACACGCGGGUCAUGAGAUAUCACCAAUGGGUUUCCAGUGUUGAUGAUGUGUAGGGCACAAAAGUUCAUGUACUUGUAAAUUCUCACUUAGGUACCUAGGUAGGUAUAGUCGGAUAACAAAACAAAAGUCCAAAGUCCUACAGAAGUUAGUAGUAGGAACCUAUAAUCCAC